GCCAUUUGCAUUUUCAAGAACAGAACGCAGCUGAAAACAAAGAUAACUGCCGAAGCAAUUUUGUAAGGCGCAUUGAAACCGCUAAUAAUGAAUCCUGAGUAUGACUACCUUUUCAAGUUGCUGCUCAUUGGUGACUCUGGAGUGGGAAAGUCAUGUUUACUCCUACGCUUUGCUGAUGACACUUAUACAGAGAGCUACAUCAGCACUAUUGGUGUAGACUUCAAAAUCAGAACUAUUGAAAUGGAAGGCAAGACUGUCAAACUGCAAAUUUGGGACACAGCAGGACAGGAGCGAUUUAGGACAAUAACAUCCAGCUAUUAUCGUGGAGCCCAUGGGAUCAUAAUAGUCUAUGACGUCACAGAGCAGGAGUCUUUCAAUAAUGUGAAGCAAUGGUUAGAAGAGAUUGAUCGCUAUGCAUGUGAAAAUGUCUCCAAGUUGCUAGUUGGGAACAAAAUAGACCUUGCCUCUAAAAAGUUGGUGGACUUCACAACAGCAAAGGAAUUUGCUGAGAAACUCAAAAUCCCAUUCCUGGAGACAAGUGCCAAGAAUGCAAACAACGUAGAAAAGGCAUUUUUAACAAUGGCCUCUGAAAUCCAAAAGAGGUUUGGGACAGACAGUGUUCAGAAUGAAACUGUUAAAAUGGGAUCCAAAAUAAACAGUGCCCCCCUAUGGCCUGGAGGACAGAAAUCAGUAGCUGAAGAGGUCAGCUCUUGCUGUUAGUGCCGAAUAUAAUUUCAGGGCAAUGUGAAAAUUAAUAUUUUUGUUUAUGGUUUUUCUUUUAUUCCCCUCUUAUUCUUAUUCCAUCAAAUUAAAAUUAAGCCAUUCAUUGUAUGUUUUCUUAAGUUGUGAAAUAUGUUUGUGUGACACAUCCUAAUGAGCAAACGAAGAUGGUACAUGCUACAGAAUCAAAUAUAUUGGAAUUGUAUA